AAUGGGGCUAGUAAAAACAAAUUCGACUGUAAAUCUUCAUUUAUUUGCGGACUCGCAACGGCAAGGGGAUAUCGUUUGAGAAACGGGAUUGACGGAAAUAUAACCCUAUAAAAUGGCAGACCAAUACACUGAUGAACAGAUUAAAGAAUUCAAGGAGGCAUUUGAUCUCUUUGACGCGGACGGCAAUGGCAACAUAGACGUAGAUGAACUUGGGGCCAUCAUGAAGUCACUAGGAAAGGCUCUCUCAAGGAAAGACCUCGAAAACAUGAUCGACGAAGUAGAUGAAGAUAAAAAUGGGACGAUAGAGUUUGAUGAAUUUUUAAAUUUAAUGGCAAAAAAUCAGCAGCCAGAAAUGAGUAUGAAGGAAGCAUUUGAUAUGUUUGAUAAGGAUGGGGACGGAUCAAUCAGUGGAGUUGAGCUCCAGAAUGCCAUGCAAAUAAUGGGUAUGCCAAUGACGAAAGAAGAAGUAGAGCUGAUGGUCAAAGAGGCAGAUAUGGAUGGGGAUGGAGAAAUUAAUUAUGAAGAAUUUGUCACCAUGAUGAACAGCCUAUCACCAGAUUGUGAGUGAAUUCAUUGCCAUCGAGAUUAAACACAGCCAAUAAACUUUUUUUAUUCUUGUCAUUUUGAAUCUCUGUCAUCGGAUUUUAUACAUGUACCCAUCUCAGGCCACAUUUUUUUAUCAGUUGGAUUACAAAUCUGUUAUCUUGAAGAAACAGAAUGAAAAAUCCCCUUCAUUGACCUUUUUAAGCAUCUCUGCGAAAUUGAACAAACAAUAUAUAACUUAUUUUGACUUUUCUAGUUAAUUUAUGCAAGUUAUUAAGCAUGUAUACUGUGUACAUACGAAACUAAGGUCACAUUCAUGAUACACGGAUAUACCUCCAAUCUAAAUUAUUCAGGUCUGCAUUUGGGAGGGAUACUAUUCCGAAGGGAAGCAGAGUCUUUUUGAACCGAAGAUGGUUCCUUCUGGCUCGAGUCAAUUCUAUCAUUUGUCUACCAUCCCCCACUGAAAUGGAAACAGAUACACUUUCAGAGAAGCGUAUAUCCAAAUGAUUAAGGGGGCUCCAUAUUGCACCUGCAGACUAUUGUGAAUAUUGGUCAACCUAUUAAAGAACCAUCAGCAAAAAGAAACUUGGAGACAGUAGAAAUGCCAAUGUUGUCAAAAAUUUAUUUAUUGAAGGAAAUAAGGUAUCCUGAACUAUGUCUUCAUUGUCAUUUCUACAGUUAUUGGUUUCUACAGUUAUCUCAAUCACUUCGAAACAUUUAAAAACCUUUUAAAAAGUUCAUUCCUACUUCUGAGACAUUACUUUGUUAAACAAUAAAAAAGUUUUAAAGAUAACCUUUGCCUCUGGAUUAUGAUAGUAGGGGCGUCAAGAUGACUACUCUUUGCAAUUUGUUGUAAAAUAUUUAUACUGUAAAUUCAUUGUUCAUGUAUCUAUGAAGUUAUUUUUACUGAUGUGUAAUAGGCCUGUCAAAGGUACCAGGGUGGUCGAAUCAUGGAUAUUUAACAAAUCCACAGAGUUUACUGCAACUCUUCUGGGAUUAUUGUUCACUUUGAAGAACUAAGAUAUCUGAUCUUGGUUUAUUCAGUUUCCUUCUUCCGAAACCUUAAACCAGUCCUUGAAAUACAUUAUACAUUUAGUUCUUGAUGUAGAAGUUAACAGACCCAAGCAAAAUUGUGAUUUCUCUUGCCCUAUGUAUGUUUUGCACCACAAGAUAGUUAAUCCUAGAAAGUUGGCAUAAUAUCUGUUGUUUUGCAACACUACGACCACCCUAGGUAUCUAGGCAACUUUUAGGGUCUUUUUUUGCUUUUUACUUCGUUUGGUAUUUUUGCUAUGGCUCAUAGAA